AUAAAGAACUAUGCGGCAGGACACGAAUCGCGAGCACCGUAUUAACGUAGUCGAUCAGUGCGAGUCGCUCUAAAAGCAACCACCGCAGGAGUAGGACCGUGGUGGUGACCGACCGCUGUCUGCUGGAUUCUAUCCGGCAAAUAGAGAAGUGGCCUGGUUCGUUGCACGUACACAAUUCGUACAGAUUCGGUCGAGGAAUAGGCACGCGCGGUGGUGAUUACCUUAGCGCGGUCUCCCGAACGCGCGCAAAGACAUUUCGCCGACAGAAAAGUCGCCGGCAUCCGAUCAUUCGUCCUCCGUCGCGUGUCGCGUGUGUUAAAGAGUGCACCGAGGAAACGUGCAAAUUGACAAUUGCAACCCUCGACGGCAACCGUGUCGUCGCUCCUCGAUCGCCGUGAAUCGUCAGCAACGUGGAGCGCGCGGUGGAAGAAUGCACAACGGAUUCGCGAUAACGCGGACGCGAUCCGCGAUAAUCGGAUUGCUGCUGCUGUUAGAAACGGCGCACUGUAACGGGCUACAGUAUCAACCUCUCGACUCUUAUGUAAACGGAGAGGAGUGCGCCUUGAUCCUGGACGCUCGUGGAAGAACCAGCGUUUAUGACUACACCUAUAAUUUACUUCGCGGAUCGUUCCCCACCGCGGGAGGAACCCAAACCUGCAUCACGUACGACGCCGUAAAUCAUGCUUACGUCGAGGCGAGGAAGCGCAUUAACGUCGCGAGACCAAAGUCGGAGAUGUGGCGACCGGAGGAUCUGGCGACGGUCGGCGAGCUGCUUCUCGACAUUACCACGAAUCUCGCGCAAACGUACGGAUUGACCUACGAGGAGAUCCAGACGAGUCUACCGUUGAUCGACACGUCGAAGACGCUGAUCCGCGAGGUUUGUCCCGCCUUUCUCAGCAACGUAGAAUGCAGACCAGGCAAGUACCGGCGAUUCGAUGGCCUCUGCACGAAUUUGGAGAAUCCAACUUGGGGGUCCUCUCUGUCGCCUUUCGCGAGAUUGAUGAGCCCUCAAUUCGCGGACGGCCUGUCGGCGCCAAGAAUAUCCAUAACGGGUCGUGAUCUACCAUUGUCCCGAGUCGUAUCACGCACCAUGCACCCGGACGAAGGUUACCACGAUCACGCCGGCACAGUUAUGGUGAUCGCGUGGGGACAAUUCAUGGAUCACGAUUACACUUUGACCGCCACACCUUUAGACCCCCUGAACCGAAACGACCCGGAAGAGUGCUGCAAACGGCCGCCACACCUGAAGAAUCCCUACUGCAACGAGAUCCUCAUACCGGAGGACGAUUAUUUCUACAGGCUGUUCAAUGUGCAAUGCAUGGACUUCGUCCGCGCUUUUCCUGCCGUCCGACCUGGUUGCCGCCUCGGUUCCCGAGUGCCUUUCAAUCUUCUCACGGGUGUACUGGAUGGUAAUACGGUUUACGGCAUCACGGAAGCUUUUGCUAGAAAACUCCGGACAGGCUAUGGCGGAUUAUUACGGAUGAAUCCGGUCUUUUCAGAGUAUGGCCUUAAAGACCUAUUACCGCUGAAGUUAGAUAUACCGGACGAAGGAUGUACUCGGCCGAACCAAUCGAUGUAUUGCUUCGAAGCUGGUGAGAUUCGUGUAAAUGAACAGCUGGUACUUACCUGCAUGCACACUUUACUGGCGCGGGAGCAUAACCGGCUCGCCAAAGAACUAGCCAACGUGAAUCCGCACUGGGACGAUGAGAUUCUCUUCCAGGAAGCCAGGCGCAUCGUCAUCGCGGAAAUCCAACACAUCACUUAUAACGAGUUCCUCCCGAUAUUACUCGGCAAAGAUGUCAUGGAGAAAUUCGGACUUCUUCUUGAGAAGGAAAAAUACUGGGAUGGAUAUGAUCCGAGCAUAAAUCCAGGCGUAAUAGACGCUUUCGCCGCUGCUGCCUUUAGAUUCGGUCAUUCACUAUUGCCCACGGCUGUAGAACGAUGGAGCAAAGCUCACAAAUUUAUUGCUUCAAAGAGACUCUCAGAUUUGAUAAGACGUCCCUAUGAUUUGUAUCGAGCUGGUGUAUUCGACGAAUAUUUCAUGGGCUUGAUGAAUCAAGUCGCUCAGGCUAUGGACGAUUCUAUAACGCAAGAAGUGACGAAUCAUCUCUUUAAAAAAGCUGGAGCAAAAUUCGGAUUGGAUUUAGUAUCCUUUAACAUGCAACGCGGCCGCGAAUUUGGUAUUCCAAGUUAUAUGGAGUUCAGAAAGUACUGCGGCCUUCCCGAAGCGAACACCUUCGACGAAUUGUUCGGUUCCAUGCCGAACGAAACCGUCAGGCGAUACAGCACUAUUUUCGAACAUCCCGCGGACGUCGAUUUAUGGUCGGGCGGCGUAUCCGAAAGACCGCUUCCGGGUAGUAUGCUCGGGCCAACCUUCGCCUGCGUGAUUGCCACGCAGUUCAGUCAUUCGCGUCGUGGCGACAGAUUCUGGUACGAGCUGCCGAACCAGCCGUCGUCCUUCACUCUCGAACAACUGAACGAAAUUCGGAAAUCGAAGCUCGCCAGAUUGAUCUGCGAUAACACCGAUCUCAUCGAUACGGUACAAAUCUAUCCGAUGGUCCUUCCCGAUCACGAAAUAAAUCCUCGAGUUCCAUGUCGCAGCGGUAUUCUACCCGGCAUCGACUUGUCGAAAUGGGCCGAAUUCCCGGCGACGAGUCACGCCGCACAAUACGAUACCGUGAAAUCUGCGCAAGCUGCAUCUGAGAUUAAAUCCACAUUACAACAAAUAUAUAUUAACAAAUUCAAUCGUAAAUUAAAAUCCAUAGAAAAAGAUGCAGCAAGUUUAAAAAAGAAAUCGAGCAAACCUUGGCUGUAUUCUCCUAGGUGGAAAAAAUUCAUGCAACGCUUAAAAAUGCCUCAGAAAAUAUCUCAGCAACAAGAAAAAUUUCUAACUAAACAAAUUAUGCCACCGACAUUCCCUCUCAUAAAUAACCAAAAUAAAAAUGUUGAUCUGUCUCCUGAUUUGGAAAUCAUCAAGAUUACAACAGUUGUCGAGGCCAUUCGACAGAAACGGCAAAAUAGUGCGCAAAUGUUAGAAGCGGCAAAAAAGGUUCAGAAAAUAAUUGGCAAGAAACGUUCAAAACGUUCGUCUUACGAAUCGGGAAAUAAUUCUCCUGUAACUAAACAUUCGCGACGUGCUCGACAGGAAAAAACUUUUGUUUCAAGUAAAAAGUCUCGUUAUCCGAAAUCCGAUUAUCGAAAACAACGAACAAAGAACAAAGUUCCAACGAGAAAACGGCGGCGAAAUGAAAAUGCGGCUGAGCUUAAAACAGUGAAUAACGCAGGAUUACCAAGUACUGUAUUUUAUAAGCGUAUUUGGGAGUAUAUUAACGGUACUCGUCCUCAUUCCGAGAUUAUCAGUGAUUACAAUCCCUUGAAAGAUAACUCCACAUGCAAAGACCGAAUUGCAGCCUUGCAGGAAGAUAAAUUGCAAGUGACAAAUGCUAAACCGGAACGAGAAUUUUACAAACGUAUCUGGGAUAUAAUCAACGCGACUCAUGCGAACAGUAACGCCCGUUCUAAACGAAACGCGAAUAUCUCGAGACAUAACGCGGCUACAACUCCUGCACUGUGCGCUCAAGAAGGAACGAUCAAUUACGACGAAGACAAGCAGGUGCAAGCAAUAAACGAAAAGAUAUUGUCAGAAGAUCCUGGUCCUUACAUAUCGGGCUUUUGGGCCGUGGCGAAUAAGACCGAAUGGAAACCUGAGAAAAUUCCAGUUGUAAACAUAGCAAAAUUGAAUAACAAUCCGAUCUUAUCGUCACUCGUAAACAGCGCCUCCGAAGUGGACGACUUGAAUAAACUCCCCGAUAAAGUUAAAAAUGUUGAUUAUUCGUCUUCGGAUAAUUCGACGGCGUAUACCGACGAAGCGCGUAAUUCAUCGCAGGAAAUCAUCACCGAACCGGGACCGCCGUAUUCUUCUGAAGAGAGUUUCGCUACCUCGUCGUUCUCGCCAACCGAAAGCGCUGUCGACAAACCGUUGCGAGAGAAAGAUCGAGCGGGACGCGCAGAAAGUUAUUCGACAGGCACGACUCCGGACUACGAUCCUUUGAAGAUACCCUAUGUGGAAGUGCCAGAUUAUACCGACCAACAGGAGGACAGUUUAGAUAAAGGCAACCGGAGCGCAACCGCGGCGAGAUACAAAGAGUACGACGAUAGCGAUUACGAUUACGGUCCCGAACGGCUCCGCGACGCCGGUGACUUCUCCUCAAAAUCCCCAAGUGCUGAAAUUAAAGUAGUACAGACCGAAAGUACGGACGAGCCGGGGACUGCAUUGAACACGAACAACUCGCGUUCAAGUUGCACGGAAAGCGAAGAUUCCGCCGAAUGCGUCGACAGAUAUGAUGUCGAGGACACCAAGUUGCGCAAUAAUACGGAGGAUGUUACGGACGACGUUCACCGUUCCGCGGAAUCCGCAUCAUCCGAGGAAAAUGAAAGCUCGGGCUUCGUUGACUUUGAGGAAUUUAAAAAGCCGAUUAAUUGGGAAGAAUUCUUUAAAAACGAUCCUAUAUUGGAAAGCAUACAGGCUACCUUUAGCGAGAAGUACGAUCGUAAGGAAGAUCCCGACCGCACCGAGGAGUCCGAGGAGGCGUACGCCACGGAUCCAAAGGAGCAAUCGCACGAUUAUUUCACGAAGAACGAAAAUUUCCGCGACGAUUACGCUUUCGACGACACAGGCAAGGCGAAAGAGGAAAUUGACUCGUACGCGAAGGCGGAAGCGAAGGAAAGUGAGGCAACCGAUAAAGAUUAUUAUCCUUAUGACGAUAAAGAUUUCUUCAAGUAUACCUUUGAAAAGUACAGCGAUAAAGAAUCGGAAUAUGACUACAAGGAAAACCCCGAUCGUACCAAGAGGUCCGAAGAGGUCGAAAUAUACGCCACGGAUCCAAAAGAACAUAAGGAAAAUCGCACCGAGGAAUCUGAAGAGCUCAAGACGUACGCCACGGAUCCAAAAGAACAAACGCGAGAUUAUUUCGCGAAGAACGAAAAUUACUACAAUAAUGAUAGGAUCGUUUCCGACGACAGAGGUAAAGCGAACGACAGAGAAGAGGUGGCUGAUUCUUAUGCGAAACAGGAAGGGAAAGAGAGCGACAUAAAUAAUGAGGAUUAUUAUCCUUACGACGACAAAGAUUUCUUUAAGCAUAUUUUUGAAAAGGACAACGAUAAAGAAUCGUCCGAUCGGGUCGACAGGGAAAACGAUUUCUUGUCUCGUUACUUUACCAAGGAUGUUUUACGCCAAUUGCAAGAUAACUCGACGGCCGAAGAAGAUAGACAAAGAGAGGAAUCGAGAAAUAGAGAAAAUAUUCAUAAAACGUUAUCAAGAAUCUUACACAAGAAGGAUCAAUUCUCUAGAUUAGAUGACAAUCUUAACAAAAUGAUUGAAAAGGGUGAAGCAAUACCGAUCAAAUAUAACAACUUUUGGAGUUUGGAAUAUGAAUCGCCUCGUAAAAGAAAUGAGAACAACGAAGAGGAGACAGAAAACUCAAAAGAAAAAGCUUAAGGCAUAAAUAAAAUCAUGUUAUACAUUAAACUUAUAUUCUCGUUAUGUUUGUCCAAAGUUAAAUAGAAUAAGCAU